UGUGCUGUGGGGGUAGAAGGGGUUGCUGAUUCAGCCUUCUGGUCCUUCAGCUGUCAUCUGAAUGGUGACGCAGACGUGGCAGGGUCAUGGGUUUGCAUCACGGGGGCUGGCUGUGAGAACUCCAGCUCCUGCCCGAUGAAAUUCAGCGAGGGAGCACCUCUUGUGGUGGGACGGAGCUGCUGCAGGACCUGCUCCUGAUGGUGCCACUCAGGUGACUUGAAAAGAUGUUGGGCUGCGCUGUGUUUGCAUGGGAUGGGGCAGUCUUGGAGGCAAGGACCAGGCCUUCUCUGGCUUCAGCGCAGAGUAUCACAAGAGUAUGGCUUAAGACCCUGAAUCAAUGAGCAGCAAGAGAAACUUUAAGUAGUGGGGAUUGAUCUCAGCAAUUCUUUUUUGAGCUUGGUAUUCAUGAUUCAGCAUUUGACCAUCAUAAAAUGUUAUCGGGUCCCUCAGCAGUGAGGGAGACAAAUCUAGAGCUGCUUCUGGUCUCCAGCAGAGAUGAGACAAGAGCUAGAGGUAUCCACAGUGUGAGAGGUAUCCUCAGGGACGGGGAAGGAUGGGGUGGGCGUUGAGCUGUCAGAGGUCUGGGUGCCACUGGGAAGGUCGGGCUGGGAGUCAGGGGAUCCCAAGGGACUCGGUGCCAGCAGCUGUAGGAAGCUGGGCUCGGGGGUUUUGCCUUCAGGUGUCGAAGGGAGCUAGAGAUGUCAUGAUCAAACCUUUCCUUACAGCGUGUUUGAAUUAUAUAAACAGAAAAAUCCGUGAUUUAGAACAAUAAUGCUGCUUUCAUAAGGUUACAGAAAAAAUGUGGUGGGGGAGUUUUGUGUGUUCAGACAACACUUCCUGAACCACCCAGGGUCAAAGAUUUGCCCAAAGGGUGUGUGUUUGUAGGUGUCUGGGUGGCCACCAAGGUGGGCCGGCGGCAGCUGGUCCCCUCAGAGCUGCGGUCCCCAGGGCAUCGGCCGGCCCUGGUGAGGGCACGAGGCUGGCCCUGUAAUGGAUCCUCACCGGGCAGUUACCGUUUGAAGGCUUUGAUCUCCUGCUUCUUGAUUUUAUUCCAACCCCUCGAUUGAAUUUCCCUCGUGUAACUGAGCUGGGCUGAUACACUCUGCCCAUAUAUAAUGGAUGGAGGUUGAGUGAGGAAACGCAAACACUGCUGAAUAUCAGUAACAGGCGGGCGGGCGGCGCCGCGGGCCCUGCUGCCCAGGCCUCCUCCCUGCUGGUGCCAGCCCUUGGUAUGGGCUGCAUUAGCACGGGCUUCAUUUAGUAUUACUAAAUACUCCCCCAAUCCCCCAAAUAUCCCUUUCCAGUGACAGGAACGGAGCAGAGCACCCAGCCCACCACCAGCAGGGCGAUGGGGCCGUGCCCGCAGCUGUGGGUGUUGCUGUGUGCUCACAGGAGCCCGUACGGCCCCUCGCUGGUCCAGAGACACCCCGGGGAUGUGGCAGGACCAGGCCUGGCGCUGCCACCUGAUGCCCCCAUCAAAUAUUAACGCGCCAUGGGCUGUGCUGUGCACGGCAGAGCACACGGCAGACACAGCCCUGCUGCCUCUCCUCCCGCUGCGGGGCUCGGGGGGCUCCCACGGCCACAGCUGGGCGUUAUCUGGGGCUGGAUCAUCCCUGCUUGACCCCGAGCAGUGCGGCGGCUUACAGCAGGACGGUAACCGCCAGGUUCUGCAUUUCUUCCUUCUCCACGGCGUCCCGUUCCCCCCGAAGCCCGUUACUGAAGCGAGCGAGGCCGCCGUAUCAGCCGCAUCUUUGGCUCCACAGCGGGGGAGGCGGGCCGGCAGCCGGUGCCGGCCGACACAUUUGCUUCACUAAUGAGGCUCCUUCCUUUCAAGGGCUUUUAGAUAACACCGGGGGGCUGCGAGCAAGCAGCAGCGGGAUCCGGUUGCUCGGUUUUUGCCUGGCACAAGGUGCGGGCAGCUCCGAGUGCCCAGCUCCAUGCCUCCUGGGGCCCCCGGGACAAACCCCCCCGGCUGAGCCCCGUCUCCUGCGUGCAGCCCUGUGAGCAGCACACACGGUGGGCACCUGCAGCAGCGAGCCCCAAGAGCCUUCACACCCCGGGGCAGCCGCUUCCCCUGCGUUUCGACUCAGCUUGGCAAGCAGAGCAAUGCCGCCCGCUGGCACCCACCCAAGCAGCAGUGACCCGGCCCCGAGGGGGAUGCAGCCCAGCAGGUCACCGCUGCCGGAGCUGAAGCUCCGCAAACCCAUGCAGCGGGCCAGGAUCCCGGCGCCCUUCAUCAAUCCGGACCCCCCCAGCGCUGCCGUGCCAGACCCCGUGGAUGUGGACACCCUGGUGCCCACGCACGACGAGCGGGGCCGCCUCAUCCCCGAGUGGAAGCGGCAGGUGAUGGUGCGCCGGCUGCGCGCCCGGCUGGCCGACGAGGUGGAGGUGUGCGAGCAGGAGCCGGGUGCCUGGCGCUUCUCGCCAUCCCACGAGGCGGUGCUGGGCCCUUUCGGGGAGCUGCUGACAGGAGGGGGACCUGCAGCAGCUGGAGUGGGCGGUGGAGAGCCUGAGGCUGCGGCGGCGUGGCGAGGCCUACCAGGGCGAGCUGCAGCGCCUGGCGCAGGAGCUGCGCGCCCUCCUGCCCUCCCCACUGCUCAGCAUCACCGUCCACAGCCCCCCGCCCUGCCCCGGGGCAGCCCCUGCCCCUCUGGUGCGGCCGCCUGGCUGGCGUGGUGGGCAGCCUGGCUACGCUGCUGGCCAACGCCGAGGGGGCUCGCGCCACCCCCGGUGCCCACCCCGCUGCCCGCUGCCCCGCUGCCCGCAGCCCCCCGGACACCGGCGGGCAGCCUGGCGCAGCGGGAGAUCCGGCAGUGCGGGGUAAACGUCCGCAGCCUGCGCGGCGCCUUCGAGCGCCACGGUGGUGGCAGCGCUGGGAAGAGCGAGCCCGGGGCGGUGGAGGCCGCCAGCGACUCGGGGAUCAGCUGCGAGGAAGCGCUGUCGGACGGCAGCGGGUCGCCGGUGCCGGAGUCGUCCGGGCUGCGCAAGGAGCGCAUCGUGCUGCUCUUCCUGAGCCACUGGAAGCGCUCGGCCGCGGCCCCCAACCCCUGGGCCACAGCCUGCCGGGCGCUGCAGGCCCAGCGGGACGCAGGCGGGUGCUCCCGGGGCCGAGGAGGGCUGAGCAGGGUGGGCCGCCUGUCGCGGCAGAGGAGCGCCAUCCAGCAGCUCCUGGGCAGCUGGAGGGACGCGGCCGCCCACCCACCACCGCCACCUCCCGCCGGCGGCCCCCGCGCCCCCCUGUCCCCUGAGCAGUUCGUGCGGCGGGCUGACGGGACGCCGGCCGACUACGACAGCCUCACCCUCGAGCUCUUCAUGCUGGGCUACUUCCGCAUCUUGGAGCAGGACCUGGCCCCCGAGGAGCGCCGGGGCCGGCACCUGCUCUGCUUCGAGGUGUUCGACCACCUGGGCCGGCACGGCUGGGAGGCCGCGCGCGCCUUCCACCGCGCCGUCACCGACGAAAUCGCUGCUGGCCGGCGCAGCUGGAAGGACAGCUUCGAGGACAUCAAGGCGAGGUAUUUCGGCACCACCAAGGGCUCAGCCUGGCUGCCGGGGAUGGCCAGGGGGAGCCCCCCGCAGCCCGGAGCCCGCAGGCCGGCCAUGGGCCACAGCAGCGAGGAGAUCUGCAGGUGCAUCGACCGCAGCUUCGCCUUCUGGAAGGAGAAGGAGGCCGAGAUCUUCAGCUUUGAGGAGUGACGCCUCCCACCUCCCUGUGCCCCCCAGCAAUGCCCGUCUGCCCUCCCCGCUUUGCGAAGGGCUUUUGUCCCGUGGGGGCUUAAAUAAAAGCGGUUCAGUUUUGUCUUGAGACAAGUGCUGUGGACGUGAGGGCUUUCCCAAGGAGCUCGAGAAGUUUUGGGGUGACGAAGAAAGCCUUUGGUCCCAGCCUGAGUGCUCCAGUGCUGGCAAGACCCCGUGGGGCA